AUGUCUCUGUGGAACGGAGGAACAAGCGAUCAUUAUCUACGCAAAAAAAACCUAUUCAUGGACUGGAAUCGAUUUCACGCAUCGGCAAGUAUUGCCUUGCUUCGUACGUUACUUAUCUGCAUUAAUAUUAUAUUUGUGAUUAGUGGUGGAAUACUAUUUCUGCUUGGCAUUGUUUUACGAGGUCAACUUUCAACGUUGCUUGAUAUAACACCGGAAAUGAGUUCAUCGGCACCUUAUAUUUUAAUUGGCCUCGGUCUCAUUAUCUUCUUUAUUGGUCUAUUUGCAUUCUGGUGUACAGUUAAAGGACAUAUCACUCUAUUAUAUAUCUAUUCGACUGUUGUUUUUCUCAUCUUUGUCGCUGAAGUUUUAUUAGCCGUAACGGUUCUAAUGAAACAACAGACUUAUGAAGACACUUUCAAAACAAGUCUAUCGAACGUCAUGCAACAAUAUCCAAAGGAGCCAAUGGCGUCUCAUGUUGAUCGCCUUCAAAAUGUUUUAUCAUGUUGCGGAGUAGAUUCCUACGAAGAUUGGUUUCAAACUCUAUAUGGCGAACAACUUCUUCGAGUGCCAACGUCAUGCUGCAAGAAAUCAUUAAAUCAUACAUGUUCCAAUGCCAAUUUAAGAAAAGAAUAUCUUGCCGCAGAUAUCAACACUAAUGGCUGUUAUGCAACUGUAAUCGCAGCUAUUAAGAGUAAUUAUCCAAUUUUCGGCGGAAUCAUCAUUGCUAUCGCGUUAUUUCCAUUGGUCGGAGUCAUUCUUGCUUGUUGUUUAGCAAAUCAAAUGCGUAAACAACGUUAUGAACAAGUGGCUUAA